AAGUGUUACCAAAGAAGUUGUUCUCUCACGAAGACCUCGCUUAUUAAAACAAAUACAUUUAUUUUAAUCGCCGACGUGGAACAAUUCAAUCGUACAACAAUCGGCUCAGAAUCUGCCAGGAGGAAACGAGCUUCGUUAUUGUUGGUGUAUGAAGAAUAACAGAAAGGCUCACAGAUGGCAGUGAGUCUACAGUUACACUGUUAAGGGCAGGAUCAGCAAAAUAGGUUUAGUCAUUCUUGGCCUUUGAGUGACCCCUGUGUGGGAGGGGGCAGAGACAGAAGAGACAUAUAAGAAAUAAAGCAAGGGGGGGAAAAGGAAGACGGAAAUGAAAACAGAGUGAGGGGCAGCGAGGGGAGGGAGAGAGCUGUAGGAUAACAGAAAGGGAGAAAACAGACACGGGAGAGAGAGAGAGAAAUGUACUGUAGAGCUCCUGGAAACAAAAGGAGGGAGGGGGAUUGCUUCGCCGUCUCUCUUCUCUCCCUCUGGCUUUAAAAAGUGAAACAACUCUUUGAAGAGAGGAGGUGGAGUUGGUGGGGGCACAGUGCUGCACCUUCACCAUCCUGUCUGGACUGUCAGGAGUAUAUAAUGCACGGACGCGGACCUGAAUCCCAGACGCAACGCGGAGCUGCAAACGGACAACCAGCCGAGGACCCGACGCCACGACGACCAUGAACGACGUCAAGCUGGCCCUGCUGGGAAGCCAGGGGGCCGGCAAGUCAGCUGUCCUUGUGCGAUUCUUGACCAGACGCUUUAUUGGUGAAUACGCCUCGAAUGCAAGUUUUGUCCCUUUUUUUUCUCUCUCUUGUGUCUCGUUUACAGACUCUUUGUACCAUAAGAGGCUGUCGAUCGACGGCAGGCAGCUGAACCUCGAAGUGUUUGACCCCUGCUCUCAGCAGAGCUCCGAGGCCCGGUGCAUCCUGGAGGAGCCAGUGGACUGGGCAGACGGUUUCGUGGUGGUGUACAACAUCAGUGACCGCUCUUCCUUCAUCAACGCCAAAAGCAUCCUGCAGCAGAUCCGGGAGGCGCGCACCGACAGCUGCAAAGGGGACUCGGACGUUCCCGUGUGCCUGGUGGGUAACAAGCAGGACCUGUGCCACGUCCGGCAGGUGCGAGAGGACGAAGGCCGCAGCCUGGCGCAGGAAACCCGCUGCCACUUCCAGGAGGUGUCGGCGGCUGAGAGCUACCAGGACAUCGCCGGCCUCUUCACCCGGCUCAUCCGGCAGGUGAUGGAGCACCUGAAGUACCGAGCCGACCGCCGGCGCUACAGCGGCUCCAAGUCCAUGGCCAAGCUCAUCAACAACGUGUUUGGCAAGAGGAGGAAAUCAGUGUGACGGUCCCAGUUGGAGUAUGAGAUGACAACAAAGUCAAGCUGGGUGAACUGGGAGGUUGCUUCUUUUUUUUUCUUCUUCUCCUUUUCCAACAAAACCAUAGUCGAGGCAAGCAGCAGAGCUUCGUGUUCGUUCAGUACCGUUGAAACGUACUCUUGAACAUCUCCACUUCUCACGUUACGGCCACGACUUUAAUCUACUUUCUUGGGAUUUUGUGUAUUAGACACAUAAAGUGGUGUGAAACUGUAAAAUGAAGCUUGGUUUAUGAAUAUUUUUUGCAAAUGAAACCUCCUCUUUGGCCAAACUUAGGUUUAGUCAGAGAUUUUCAAUUGGAUUUAGCUGUAGACAAUGACUAGGCCACAGGAGCACCUGAAUAUGCUGUGAUAUAAAGCAAAACAGCAGCAAUGUCAUAAUUACAAAUUACAAAUGUCAACAUUUCUAUUUUAUUUUUCUUUUGCUAAUGUUGAAAAAACAAUCUUGCAAUUGUGGUAUUUCCGUUAAAUAAAAAAAACGUAUUUAAAAUCACAUGUGAAUAAUUAUGUUCACGCGAUAAGUCAAUUAAAACACAUGCCUCGCCAUCAUCCGGCUACCACUUCCUGUUGUUUUUUUCCCGCCAGUGGUAAAAUCUGGUUGUUGAUCACAUUUUGAUACAGCCGAAAAAACCUCGCCUCAUACUAGAACAAAAACGUUUUAUUAAGGUUUUUCGAGGUUUUUUUUCGAAACUGCCAUGUUUCCAUUAAGUGAAUUCCAUUUUAUGGUCACUAGUGUCACACAAUGUGUUAGUUCUCAGACACACAUUGAAGCCAAAAAGUUGAACUUUGGUCUCAUCUGACCGGAGCGCUUUUGAACAUUUUCUUUCUCCUUGGUCCUUUUGUUUUACAGCCCACAUUUACAGAGCGUACAAUCCCUCCAGAGUUACAGAAUAACUGAACCUGGGAAAAGAUGAAAUUACAAAGAGGGGAGCUCUGUGUACCACUUAGGUUACUCCUGAUGGCGGUUGAUUGGAUGGACUUUAUUAAGGGGUAUUAUUGUAAAUGAGGAUGAGUCCGAAACACACUAUCAUUUUGUUUUUGUGAACAAAUGUGAAUUAUCCUGCAUACUGUUUCUCGCUUCUCAUUUCUUAAUUUUUUCUGUUGGACGAUCACAAACACAGCUGCUUGUUCAAAGGCACUUUAUAAUAAGAAACAUGAAUGGCUGACUGCAAGCAGUUAGCACCGCUAACUAAAAUCCUGUGCUAACCACAAAGCGCUAAUCAUAAAAGUUAGAUCUGCUAGUUCUAUACCAACAUGGUAUUUAUCAGAAGCUAAUAUAAAAUGCAAAAUUCAAACAUGUUAGUAUGUGUCAAUGACGAAGCACGCGUCACAACAAAUAAUAUAAGAUUUGAUCAUUUGAAGAAUUCCUGAAGAAUUCUCAACUUCAACGGAGGCGUCAAACUUUAUUCAACUGAAAGUUUACCAAACAGCAAAGUAAAUAAGUGCUUCAGAGUUUAUGUGAAAAAAUGUAUUUAGCCAAGCUAACGACGCUAAACAUUUUCAAAGUUAACAAAAAUGCUAAAGCCCUAAUAAAACAAUUAUCUCUGCUAUCAGCAUGCUAGCAGAUUAGCAGAAGUGUGCCCACGACUGACUGUGAGUAGCAAUUAGUGUGUAUAGACAUCUAGUGACAAAACUCUAUAGAUCUGCUCUAUAGAUUCUGCAAACUUAUGUAAGCCCCCUAACAAGUUGCUUUAAGUUAAAAAAUAUUUACAAAUCUAGUUUAGAAAACAAUCCUGCAAUAAGCACUUUUUCUGCCCAAGUUUUCUUGUUAUAAAUCCAACUAUUGUGCCUGUCUUAACUGCUUUUUCCAAAAAUCAAACUGAUACAUACAGAGAAGAAACAAACACCUGCACACAUAAAACAUGCACGUGCAAAGGGCGUUCAUCAAACAAUCAGAGGUUUAUUGAUUAGGACCUGAAGGAUCUAUAGAGCAGAUGGUUGCACAAAAAGAGGCAAUAACUCAAACGUUUCCUUUCUCAAAUUGAAAUGCUUCAAUUUGCUUUUUUCUUUCACUCAGAACACAGUUCUUGUUGUAGCUUGAGGCAGUUUUACAACACGACAACACCUAUGAUAAAUGAUAAGUGGUUGAAAAGCCAACAAUAGAAAAAUGUCCAAGUCUGGCCAACUCUUAAAUUAUGUUUUUGCUCCAGACAGGACGGAGACGACAGCCAGCUAACGCUGCAGCUUGCCAAAUGUAAAAAAAAAACAACCUCUAAGUUUGUAGCCAUUGUGCACUGCUGGCGGCUGUCCUGUAUUAUAACUCUUCUUCUGGUAUAUCAGGGCAUUUCCUGCAUGGUUUCCCUGUACUAACCUUACUUCUUUUGUAAUUUUUCUUAAAUGAAUAUUCAGAAACCUGAACAAAAUUUAAAGACCGGAGUGUCAGUGUGAGAUUGUAUGUAUUUCCUGUCUGGAUUAAACUUUUGAGAUACUAGUAGAGAACACCUUGUCAUUUAGAAACUUUAGCAGCGCUGUGAACUGUUAGCCAAGUGUCGCUAUGGGAGGGAGUGACGGGGAAUAACAGCUGGUUUUGAUGUAUUUUACUGAAAAAUAUAUAUGAUGGACAUCAUGUAAAGGGUCAUGUAAACAAACUUUCGUUGUAAUGCUACUCCUGGAAAGCUGUAGUGUUGACUACAGUUGGGUAAAAUAUGUUUUAUGUUAUGUCAUUUAGUGUUUCAUUCCUCGAUGCAGCAGUGCCAAAUGCAAUCUUUUACUGAAUAAAAUUGGACUCAAGA